AUGUCAGAGGUAACUCAAGCAUCUUGUACAGGCGAAUUUGAUAAAAAUUCGUGUAUUUUUUCCCCUAAACCUAAAAGAACAUCUAUUCCUCCAAUUCGAAGUACAAUAGAAAACCCAUUUUGCUCUAUGUUCCAGGAAGACAUCUCCAAGGAAGAAGCUCAUAUCCUAAAUGAGCUUAAUUCGAUCCUUAUGCAACCAGAAGUAAAAAGGCCAUUUAAACUGGCUCAAACUCCAUCCCCUGCAUUUUGCAGGUCCCAACGACCACUUUCCCGGCAUACAAGCAAUCCGAUGAUAAACGACGUUUUAUUCGAAGAAAUUAACUCCAAUUCAUGUAACCUACCAACAUAUGUUUUUACUUACUGUCAGAUUUAAUUAAAAAUUGAAAAAUUAAACAAAGAUUUUAUUAAAGGUGCUUAAAUAUAUAUAUUAAAAUUAAAAAAAAAAAAUUAGAGGGAAGUUAG